AUGCAAAACUAUCGGUUUCCACCACUACCAUGUCAAGAAGCUUUUAUCUUAGAAGUAAGAUUAAACCCUGUGAAAGGUAUCAUCAGCCCUGGGAGGCUAUAUACUCCAGAAAAAUCUAAUUCAGAUAAUUGGAUAAUAAGUAAACCAAAAGAGAAAAGACCAACGGUCUACUUAAGAAUAUCAUUGAUUUGGCUUUUGGUGUUAGCCUUCUCCCUUCUCCAGUCUCUGAAGAUUAGCAACACUGGGCAAACAUUUGAUUUUUUGGCAGCAUGCAGCGACCUGGAAUUCAGAGAAGUGGCAAACAGAUUACGGGACUGGUUCAAAGCCCUUCAUGAAAGUGGAAGCCAAAACAAGAAGACAAAAGCAUUACUGAGGCCUGAAAGAAGCAGAUUCGACACAAGCAUUUUACCAAUUUGCAAGGAUUCACUUGGCUGGAUGUUUAAUAGACUUGAUACAAACUAUGACCUACUGCUGGACCAAUCAGAGCUCGGGAGCAUUUACCUUGAUAAGAAUGAACAGUGCACCAAAGCAUUCUUCAAUUCUUGUGACACAUAUAAGGACAGUUUGAUAUCCAACAAUGAAUGGUGCUACUGCUUCCAGAGACAGCAAGAUCCACCUUGCCAGACGGAGCUCAGCAAUAUUCAGAAGCAUCAAGGAGUAAAGAAGCUCCUGGCACAAUACAUCCCCCUCUGUGAUGAAGAUGGUUACUACAAGCCAACACAGUGCCAUGGAAGCAUUGGGCAGUGCUGGUGUGUUGACAGAUAUGGAAAUGAAGUGAUAGGAUCCAGAAGGGACGGUGUGGCUGACUGUGCUCUAGAUUUCGAGAUCUCUGGAGAUUUUGCGAGUGGAGACUUCCACGACUGGACUGAUGAGGAAGAUGAUGCAGAAGUCGUAAUGAACGAUAAAGAAGAAAUUGAAAAUGAUGAUGAGGAGGAAGGGGACGAUGAGGGUGAUGAGGAUGAUCGUGAUGGAUACAUUUGAUCAGGGAGACCUGAGAUCAAUAAAUUCCACCUUCUAAAAUUUACCACAUGAUAGCCUAUGGAGAAUUACCUUCCUGUCCCCAGACAAAAUGAUUCUAAACCUCACAUCUAUUUUGUAUAAUUAUUUCAAAUAUUGCAGCUAAAAGUUAUAGAACUUUAUGUUUAAAAAGAAUAAUUUAUUCUCAGUUUUUAUAUGCCUUAGAGAAAAAGAAAAUACAUAUGGAGGAUAGCCAGACAAAAGAAAGUUGCAAAGAGCUACUACAAAAUUUUUUUCAUAAACUUAAACUUGUAAAUGUUCCACAUAGUAACAAUCAAUAUUGCUUGGGAUCCUACGUGCUGUUUUUAUGAAAGACACUCUAAGUGAAAUGUAUGGUAAUUUAUGUGUGACCUGGAACACAAGGAUUUUAUAAACUUAUGCAUGACUUUAAUCACAAAACUAAGUAGCAUCUUGCCAAAUAUCAGGGUACAUGAAAGAGAUACCACAUAGUUAAACAAAAUGACCAUUUUAGAAUCUUUAUUAAUAGUGACUUUUCAAAAAUGAUGUUUUCUGGAUAUGAUAGGAUAUUUUAUACAGUGGCAAGAAUGGAAAAUAAUGGAUUCUGGAAGUUAAAUCUUAGCUUUCUUUUCUAAUGUUUAUUUUAUUUUGAAUGGAAGUCUCAUGUAUAUUUUUAAUAUUCUUGAAUAGCAUGAUUUCUCUUUCCUUCUAACCAGCAAGUUAGCAAUAUACUUUAAAUUAGAAGACAAAGAAAUUUAUUUCUGCCAUAUUUUCAAUAACAGUUUUUCACUUGCUAUAUGAUUAAAUUUUAAAAUAUUAAUUCUGAUUUAUUUACUGAAUUAGAUAAAAUUUUGCAUUUAAUCUUAGAAUUCUGCCAUUUUUGUUCAUAGUGCUGAAACUUAGAGAACGCAUUGUAUGGUGCCUUGCAAACAUAGAAAUAGAAGGGUUUAGCAUGCAUACCAAUAUAGGACAUUAGGCAAUAUUUAAGCACACCUGAUUAACAAAUUAACACAGUGAAGGUACUGCUGCUGGAAUGAAGAAAAUGGAAUAUGUUUCUUUCUUUUUUUCUAUUGUUACAUAACUGCCAUGUGGACUUGUUUAUAAUUACUGUGUAGAGUGGCAUUUAAGAUUUAACUGUAGAAAAAUUACUUUAAUUGCUGUAUUUUAGUUAGCAUGUUAAUUAAUUGUGUAGACAUUUUGUCACAUCACCACUUUUAAGUAUAGCAGACCAGUGAUUCAGUGCCCACAAUAAAAAUGGAAAACUUGGUGAAAAAUACACAAUGGUGUCCUUAAUUUCUAUGGUGGAUUAACUGGUUUAAUAUAAUAUUCAUCGAUAGCAAAAUUGUUGGGUUUGUUCCAUUUAAUUUAUACACACUGAAUAAAAACUUUAAUGUUCACCUUACAUAAUAUUUAAAGUACAAUGUAUUUUCUUUUUUAAUGUUUAUGUAUAGUUUACAAAAUAAAAA